CUCCCCCGACUGUUGGUUGGUUGGCAAACGUGAGGCAGACGUGGCGUGUUACUCUUUUCUUCCUCUUCUCCCAAGUUCAGUCUGCCGACCUGGCAAGUGUUUUCCCCCGGCGUUUCUGCCUUUACUUCGAACAAAGUGGUGCAAUACACAUCAAAAUGAAGUCCUUAUAUGUUGCUGUACUGCUCCUAGCAGCAAGUGGUCUUGUUAUGUCUGCUGAAGAGGAUAGCUCAUCUCAAGCUAAAUUGCUUGUCAGCAAGCAAAUCUUCAACAAGUACCUUGUAGAAGAUAUGGAUAUUGUUCUUAAGUAUUCCAUUUACAACGUCGGUAGCAGUGCUGCCGUCAAUGUGGCAUUGAAGGAUUCCAGCUUCCCUGCUGAUUCAUUUACUGUGGUCGGAGGCAGCUUAGAACUGAAUGUUGACCGCAUUCCUCCUGGUGCCAAUGUCUCUCAUGUUGUUGUUGUGAGGCCACGCAAGCCUGGCUACUUCAACUUUAGCUCUGCUGAGGUUAACUACUUGCCCUCAGAUGAGGCUAAACAGCCCCAGUAUGCAGUCUCCAGCGAACCCGGUGAAGGUGGAAUUAUUGCAUUCCGUGAUUUUGACAAGAAGUUCUCUCCCCAUGUUCUUGACUGGGCUUUCUUUGCCGUUAUGACUCUUCCCUGCCUCCUCAUUCCUUUCCUGCUCUGGUGGUCAAGCAAAAGCAAGUAUGAAGCUCUCGUCAAAGGUGGUAAAAAAGAAAAAA